AUGGCGGGGUUUGAUGACCAGCAUAGUAGAAUUCCCGAAAAUGUCUUCUUAGGCUUACUCUGGUCUCUUACCGCAAUAUCAUUUCUCUUCGUCGUAUUCCGUGUUUAUGUUCAAUUUACCUCGUUCCGCCGUUUAUUCAUCGACGACUUCCUCGUGAUAUCCGCAUGGAUCAUCAUACUCACUGCUGCGAUCAUAUGGCACGUCAAAGGAAAAGUCUUAUACGAACUAUAUGCCAUAAGCGCUGGCACGAAACCAUUAACCCCGGACUUUUUACCACGGUAUAACGUUUUCAUGCGCUACAAUGCUCCGUUUCAGAUUUUAUUUUAUACGGGGCUGUGGUGUAUCAAGUUCUCGUUCAUGGCUUUCUUCUACCGACUCAGCUCAAAGGUGAAGAAGUUCCGUAUAUGGUGGUUUGUUGUGCUUUUCUGCACCGCAGCGGUCUACAUCGCCUCAAUCGGUGACAUCGAAUACAAAUGCAGCUUGGGAGGGCUUGAAUAUAUCAUCACUCAAUGUCCACAACUUCAUCAUAUCCAUUACGAGAACCGCAGUUUCUGGGCCAACGCUGCAGGCGACAUUCUCACAGACCUGAUGAUUCUAUCGAUCCCGUUCAUCGUUCUAUGGAACACCCGUAUCUCGCUUCGCAAGAAGCUCGUUCUCCUGGGUAUGUUUUCAAUGACGGUGGUGAUCAUGAUCAGUGCCAUAAUCCGCGUCGCCGUUGGAAUGAAGUACGAUCGUCAAAUCAACAUUGAUUGGCUAUGCUUUUGGAGUUUUGUGGAGGUUGAUAUUGCAAUCAUUGUUUCAUGCGUUCCUUCCCUACGACAGCUUUUCAUCACUACUCAAAGUGAGAGCUCGGCUGGAAAGGCAUCUUACCCAAACACAUAUGAGCCCAUGCUCAAGAAAUCGAACGAUCCGUAUACGCAAGACAAGUCUCACUCUGUCGGGGAUAUCGAAUCACCGUCUGUUGAUGAGGUACCCAUGUCACCCUUGAGCAUUGUGCAUGUUCGCAGCGACUACGAGGUGACUUCUACCGCUGCGGGUGUAUCUGAGGAUGGUCGAAAGUCUUGA